AUGCGGCUCGGCUUCUCGCUGCUGGUGCAGGGGUGUGGCUCCAAGAGGAGGACGAUGCUCGACGGCUUCGCCACUGAGGUGCUGCUCCCGUGGGGCGCGUCUGUCCUGCAGGUCGACGGGUACAACCGGCACCUCUCGCUGGUGGAGUGUUUGCGCGACGUGCUCGAGAGUCUGUACCCCGGCACGUCGCCAGGCACGUCCGUGGAGUCGGCCCUCGCGGCGCUGCGCGCGGCACGGGCGGCGGCGUGCGCACAGGGCGCCAUCCGCCCCCUGGUCUUCGUGGUGCACAGCCUGGACGUCAUGCCGGAGGCGCAGCAGCGGCACGUGGCGGUCCUGGCGACGCUGCCGCGCGCGCACCUGGUGGCGUCGGUGGACAGCAUCUGGGCGCCGCUGGCGUGGCAGGCGCACGCGCUGCGAGAUUUCAACUUCGUGCACGUGGUCGCGCACACGUACGAGGACUACGCUGUGGAGGCGGCGGCGCGCUACCCCGGAGGGAAGCCGGCGUGGGCCGACCCGGACAGCGCCAGGCAGGAGGCCCCAAAGGCCAGCGUGGGCCUGGUGCUGAAGCACCUGACGCCGAACCACCGGGAGCUGGUGGAGGUCAUCGCCAGGCACCAGCUCGAGGGCGGCGGGCGGACGGGCAUCUCGAGGAGCAAGCUGCUCAUCCUCACCAGCCAGAGGAUGAUCGCGGGCACGACGGCCAGGCUCGCGACGCUGCUCAACGAGCUGCAGGACCACGAGAUCGUCGCGCUCAAGAGCGCCUCGGACGGGGGGGCUCUGAUCUAUCUCCCGUACGACACGAACACCGUCCAAAGGCUCUCCGAGCUCUCCACCACGCCGUUCGACGAGGAGGAGAGCGAGGAGGACGGGGACGCGCAGAGCGAGCAGGAGGAGGCGUGA